CGCACCGAGCAGGACGCGCCAGCAUGGCGACCCAAAGGGACUUGAGUCAAAUCGGCCACUGCCACAGAAAAACGUGGAUUAAUAUAUUUCUGGGGAUCCUACAACUAUUCCUGCCUUUCAUACAGCGCGGAGGAGCCCAGUUUCAAGCUCUGACCGAAAUGUCCAGCGUGGUCGAAGUGUGGCAGGCAGAAGAGGCGGAUUUCUUAGCGCCAUCGCAGGCCGUAGAGGAGCAGAGCACUGAGAGUCUUCCCCAGGAGGACAGUUCCUCGUUUUACGUGAGGGACAGUGGGAGACCCCUCCACUUCCAGCCGUCUGUGCUGGACUUUGGGACACAGCCCGUUGGACUCCCACGAGCUGAAACUGUCCACAUUCACAACCCCAGCUCAGAGCUGCCCGUCACCCUGCAGUCCAUCUACACAUCCAGCUCUUACUUUCACAUGCCUUCCUUCCAUAGACGAGUGAUUCCACCCAGAGGGAAGACAUCUUUUAAACUCAUUUUCCUCCCAACAGAAGAGGGCAAUGUAGAAAACUCUUUAUUUAUUAAUACCUCAACCCACGGGGUCAUAACAUACCAGGUAUUUGGUGUUGGAGUCAGUGGUGACUCUGUAAAAGACGUACAGAAGAAAGACAGUGUGUUAAUAUUCCCCCACAUUCAGAGCAUUAAGCUGACACAAACUCAGGAAGAUGCUUCAAAUAUCACCAUCCUGGGACUGCUCUUGGACUGCAGUCUUCCUAAAGCUCUCUACAGUCACCCUCAGAGCUUCUGUUUCGGAGCUGAGGAGGAGGGGCGUUUGUCUCUUCAGAUCAAUCUGUCUGAGCAAGGAGAGAGGCCAGCUCAUUUGGACAAACUUAAGCCCUACGUGCUGGAAAACAUCAUGGUGCUGCUAGUCCUUCCGCCGCCAGGUGGCGAAACUCCAGAUCCAAGAAUAGGAGUGUACAUGCUGAACUCAGGGGUUAAACAGCUGUCUGUAAAGGAAAUCCAGAUACUAUCAAGAUCUGAGAGCUCUGUAGAGAUUAGUCAGGGGCCUCUGAAAGCUUCAUCAAGUAACCUCACUCAGGUGGCAGCGCUGUCUUGUAGACGACCUUUGUCAUCUCAAAGUAAAAAAUGCUCAAGUCAGAUCAGCAUGCAGAUUUUGGCAAAUAGCACAGUGAACAUAUUUCCCUGGCUGGAAACCACUGACAGGAAAUGUGACUCUGCAGCAUGGUUUCAGUUCAGACAGAUACAGAGAGGAGCCAAUUUUGUGGAUUUGUGGGUGGUCAAUCCUCUCCCUCUGACCUUUAGCAUCUCCAACAUUUCCCUCACUCAGUCCACACAUGCACUCUUUAAGGUGGUCAAUCUCACUAAGACGGUGGGUGUGGCUUCUGGCUGCUGGAAGCUGCUGACGCUCCACCUCCAAAACAGAACGCUGCCAGUCAACCUCAUCACUGUAGUAACGCUCCACACUAGCCUGGGCUUCACUCUGGAGCUACCCGUUCACAUUUUCUCCACGGGGUCAAAGCGUGGUGAUAUAGUUUUCGAGGCUGGUGGUGAGUGUGAAAGGCCAUGUCCUCUCCGUCUCUCUAAAGCAGGGCGUUUAGAAUGGCAGCAGUCUCUCCUUCCAGAAUCCUCCUCUGCUCUGUGGCGGACGGACAGCAGUCUGGCCUCGGCUCUCUGCAGCCGCUGGCACUGCAGUAAGGAGCUCUACUGCAGAUGGCCCAGACUCCCUGCAGAUCACUCUACCUUUCUAGACUUUGGUGCUACACCGGUCAACGAGAGCAAGAUUAAAAACUUCACUUUGAAGAACCCCACUGGUUCUGUGGUUUCUGUGGAGAUCAGAACCCUCUCUUCAUAUCCAGCUCCUCUGGAAGCUUUAGACCUGCUCACCAAAUGGUUUAACAUUAGUCCACUGUCAGUGAACAUCACUACAACAGAGUUUUCUCUCUUUGCUGCUGACCAUAAGUGUGAGGAGAGCUGUAGAGGAAGCAACAGUGUGCAGAGAGUGGUGUUGCAGCCAUGGGAGUCCAAAACUGUGUCUGUGGCAUACAUCCCCACCGAGCAUAAACCUGUCACCUCCCUGCUCCUCAUCAGGAAUAACCUGACGGUGUUUGACCUGGUGUUGGUGAAGGGCUUUGGAGCGAAGGAGCUCCUGCGUGUUGGGGGUAAAUUACCUGGCCCUGGAGCAUCUCUCCGCUUUAAUGUCCCCCAGUCUACCCUCAUGGAGUGCAGAGACGGUUUACGGAGUAACACCAAUAAGCCCCUGUUUGCCAUUCAGAAGAGCUUUAAGGUGGAGAACGCUGGAGAGCUGCCACUGACGGUCAUGUCUAUGAACAUCAAUGGCUAUAAGUGCCAGGGCUUUGGCUUUGAGGUGCUACAGUGCAGGUCCUUCAGCGUGGACUACAACUCCUCCUCUGAAAUUACCAUUGCGUUUACUCCAGAUUUUACCUCCUCGUGGGUGAUUAGAGAUUUGACACUGGUCACUGCACGUGGUUCUGCAUUCCCAUUCACUCUAAAUGUCACUCUGCCUCACCACAUGCUGCCACUCUGCGCACAGGUGGUCCCCGGACCCAGCUGGGAAGAAUCCUUCUGGGUCAUCACCCUCGUCUUCACAUGUUUCUCUCUGGCUGGAGUAUGUCUCAUGGCAUUCCACCAGGCUCAGUACAUCCUGCGCGAGUUUUCCACCCCAACGCCACGCAGCAAUCACAACUCCACACCUCGAGAGAACGGCUCGGUCAGCCACAGCACCUCAAACAGUGUCAGCCGAGGCAAAGGCAGCUGCAAGAACUAUUCUGACACAAGCCACACCUCUGAUAAAGGAAAGGGCCGUGGCUCCACAGCGGUAGCCAAUGGGACAGUUCGUUCACAGUCGUCCUCCAAGAAGGGUUCUGGAGGCUCCUCCCAGCCCCAGAAGAAACAAACACACAAAGUCUCAUUCCUGUACAGCAGAUACAAGAGCAGCUCUAGUGCAGCUAGUGCAGUCGCUAACAGCUCCAACCCUCUAACAGAUGAAGAGAGAGAGGAGCCCGUGUUCGAGCAGGACCCUGACAUCUGUAACAACAACAAUAACAACAAUGAAGAUGUUCUGGAUGAAUCUCUCCUCCAUAUGGAGAGGAAAGAGUGUUAUGAAGAGGUUAAAGUGUUGCAAGGUGAUAUGUUUCCUAUGGAAAUACUUCCUGUAUUCCCUGAAAGCAUCAUAGCCAAUCAAGUGCCUCAGCUGGUGGAUGGAGAGAUGGAAAACAGAUGCAACAGAAAGAGGGAUGAGGAAAAAAGGGAAAACGCAGAGGCUGAGCGAGAGAUUGAAAGCACUCAGAAGAAGCGCGUGGAGAAGGACUCUGAGCUUGGAUCCACCUUCAGCACCAAAGCAAAGAAAAACUCAGGCAAGAGCCGCAGGAGGACUGCAGAGACCGCGCCUGGACUCCCAGAGAACAGUGUUGUCAUGGUAACGGAGAGCGAAAGAGAUGCGGAGGGCAGAGAAGCUCGAAACGCAGCCAAAACCCGAAACCACUCAGUUAACAUGAAGCUGGAAAUUCCUAAAGCAGCAGUCACAGCGGACAGCAGUCUCAAACAGAAUGGUGUGUGUGCAGGGCGUGUGCGGCGGAAGGUUCCAGAGCGACGGCAGUGGGAGUCAGGCUCAGACUCAGGCAGCUCGACAGGCAGCGUUAGGGCCAGCCGGGGUUCUUGGGGUAGCUGGAGCAGUGCCAGCAGCAUGGAGGGAGAAAAAGACCCCAACAGAGCCCACUGCAACAGCAACAACAGCCGCAAGAGAGAGCCUGCGCAGUACAAUAUGUAUUCAACUGAAAGAGAAUGCUACCCUCCAACCAACUGCACCUUCAAAGCCCAAAGCAUGAACAGUCUUUAUGUGAAGGACACGUGCCAAAGCCCAGAAACUCCCGCUCACUCUCAGACCCCCAGCUUUACUGAUGUGGCCGCAGGGGUGGACUGGACCCCCGACUGCAGCAGUGCAUAUAUUCCAGAUGAAACAUGGUCUGCUCCCUCAGUUCCACUGACUAAUGGUUUUAGGUACAGCAUGCCUGACCCAAUCAGCUUAGUGUCCCAAAGCUCCACUCCCAGCCCCUACAGUGGAAGUUUCCCCUGGAAUAACUCCAGCCAAUGCAACAACCUCUAUACCUACAGCCAUCAGAAUAACUACAUGUUACCAGGAAACGGCAAUUACCAAAACAGCUUCCCUUCCACAGAAACCCAGACGAUGGCUCACGGUCAGCAGGCCAGCUGGAGUGAGGAUGGAGUCCAGGAGGUUGCUUCUUCCUGGGAUAUGACCAGCUGUGUGGGUAGCAAGCCCUUUUUCUCAGGCACCCGUAGUCUCUCUCCCAUCUCCUCCAGUCUGUUCGGUUCUAUCUGGACUCCGCAGAGCGAGCCAUAUCAGAGUCAUUUCCAGCCCGACCGCUCAGCCCCUGUCUCCCCACACUCACCGCACACCCCUCACACGCCCUUCAGCCGUGAGCCAGGACCCCCUUGCCCCCCCAAACAUUACUCCAGCUUCAACCCCUUCGGCCCCCACAUGAACCUCGACAUCUGGAACUCAUCCAGCAACCGCAGCUCCAAUUCGCAGCUGUCAAACGACUCGGGCUACUGCGGAGACGCCUGAACAGCCGCACAGAGCUUCACCUCCCGCACGAGGAAAAUAAAAUACGAAAGGAAUGUGGUUUUAUUGAGAAUGGAGAAAAAAAUGUGAAUAUUCUUAUGUUCUUUUAGGUUUCAUUUUUCCCCUCCAAAAAAAAAAACACAAUGCAAAAUCUUCAUUGUUGUGCAAAAGUUAA